CAGACGGACCACACACAAUCCAACUCUAAACAACACGACUACUGGCGCGACACUUCCGCAUUGGUCUAACGCCACUUCCGUUUCCAUUGGUAACUCAAGGACGCAAAGAGUGGAGCGUUGAAUGGCGGAAGUUGAGGAAAUUCUCGAGAGGAUUGAAGCCCAUGGGAGUGUGAGUGGAACAAUUGUCGCCAAUGCAGAAGGUAUUCCAGUUCGAACGACGUUUGAGAAUUCCAAAGCUGCUAAGUAUGCAGGAGUCCUUCGCCACCUCACUUUGAUGGCCAGAAGCACAGUGCGGGACAUUGACCCUCAAAAUGAUCUCACAGUCCUCCGCAUUGGAACCAAGAACCAAGAGAUAAUGAUUGCACCAGAGAGCGACUCUCUUGUAAUCGUCCUCCAGAGAUGUGAGACAUGAGGAACGGACUGGUGGUUAAAGUACUAUAAUCCAAGCAAAAUCUACUUUAUCACUGUGUUUAAUUGCUGCAUGAAAUGUUAGUAUUUCUGUUGGAACAUCUCUGUGUGGAGUUGGCAUGUUCUCACCAGGUACACUGGCCUGCCACGUUUCAAAAAUAUGCAUGCUAGGUAAAUUGGAGACUCUAAAUUGUCCAUAGGUGUGAAUGUGAAUGGUGGUUUGUCUAUAUGUGCUCUGCAAUUGCCUGGCAACCAGUCCAUGCCUCUCACCUGAAGACAGCGGGGAUAGGCUCCAGUGAGGACAAAUGGGAUAGAAGAUGGAUGGAUGCUGUAUGAGAUUAUACCGCAUUCUCCACACAUCAGUCAGUGCUUCUAAAGUGAAAUGUAAGGAGUAGUGGGCUAGUGAUAUUUCUACUAGUUCUGUUGACAGUAGUAUUACAUUACUCCUGCAUAUACAGUUCAUAAUGUGAAGAGAAAGUGAUUAUAGCAGUACUAGUGAUAUUUCUGCUAGUUUUGUUAAUAAUGGACGUGCAUUCCUACAGCAUACAUCAUUUAAUUUAACUCUACUAUGUGUAAACAAUG